UUUUUCUCCUUUCUGCUGCUUUAGGAGUAUUGCAUGGGGCUCAAUGAGGUAGUGUAGCCUUUUUGUGAUGGAGAAGGAGGCAAGCCAGUUGGAGAAGGACCAUGUCCAUAGUGUGUAUGAGAAAAUUGCUCCUCACUUCCAUGAUGCACGCUACAAGGCUUGGCCAAAGGUACAACAGUUCCUUUCAGAUCAGGAUCCAGGCAGCCUGAUUGCUGAUAUUGGCUGUGGAAAUGGCAAAUACCUUCAUAUCAAUUCUCAAACCUAUAAGCUGGGCUGUGAUUACUGCUUCCCUUUGGUGGAGUCAGCACGAAAUGAUGGCCAUGAAGUAAUGGUGUGUCAUAGUCUGUGCCUGCCAUAUCGGAAUGAGUGUUUUGAUGCUGUCUUAUCCAUUGCUGUGAUCCACCAUUUUUCAACAAAGGAGCGGCGCGUGCGAGCGAUAAAGGAGAUGGCUCGCACCUUGAGAGUAGGUGGCCAGAUGAUGAUAUACGUGUGGGCAAUGGAGCAAAAACGGCGAAAAUUUGAAAAGCAGGAUGUCUUUGUUCCUUGGAAUCCUUCACCACCUUCCUGGACCUUGAGUAACACUUGUUCGCGUGGAAUACAGAAAUCAAUUAAUCAAAAGGACAAAAGGCUGGCUUUGGACCAACACUCCCCUAAGUUAGCUGGCACUUUAAAAGUACACAGGCAAGCAAGAAGUUCAUCCUUUGUGGGGGAGAAGGAAACCACACACAACUUAUUUGAAAAAUCCCUGAGAUGGUCUCUCUUUUCAAGAUCACUUGAUUCAAUAUUGGACUUGAGUAAUCAGUGGCACCAAAGAGAGCUUAGCACAUUUUCCAAUGGCAAUAUUCAGCUGGAUGAAUUAAACAGGGGAAAGCUUUUUGAAAAAAUCAGGCAAGGUGGCUUCAUGAAGCAUAUUUCCAACUUGUCUUUGCGUUGCAGGCAGAAUUCUGAAGAUAAUGCUUCUGAAGUAGCUGUAGAACCAGGGUCACCUAUGAUAUGUCACCCAGUGCCUUUCAAAAGUUGUUAUUCAGAAUUAGGCCAGGACACUAAGCAGCCCCCAGUGUCUCCAGCUAUAAUUCAUGACUGCAGCAGAGUGUGUUUACCUGACCUGGUUUCCCAUCAAAAAGAUGUCAAACAGCAACUUAAAAUAGAUUAUCACCCAAAACAAUCAGCUUUCCACCAACUCCAAAACAGAAGGAAAACAGACAGCUCUCUACAGGAUACCAAUAAUUAUUGUUCCAUGGCCACAUGGAACAAACAGCCGCAAAGGAGUCCUAAUGGGGCUUGUCUUAGGUACUACCAUGUUUUUAAAGAAGGGGAGUUGGUUGAACUGAUAGAACAUCAUGUUCCUGAGCUACAUGUUAUUCAUUCAUACUUUGACCAUGCAAAUUGGUGUGUGAUUGCAGAAAAGAUUCACGUGUGGAAGAUCUAGGGGAAGAUUUUCAAAGGCACAAGUGCCUGACUGCAUUUGAAAGUCAAUGGGAGUUCGGUGCUUGGUGCCUUUGAAAUUGUCCCCCAAGCUUUUUAUCCCCAUCUUGUGCUUUGACUCUCUGUGUGACUUUGUUUCUUUUGUUCUGUACUUGACUGUCACAGUCAUAUACCCUUUUAAAAUCAUUUUAUAGAAACGUUUCCUUCUAUAAUUGUAAUUUCAGGUUGGAUGCAUUUUAAGAGCUUUUUCCAUGGCUUUUUAACAGUAGCUGUCAGUUUUGGUUUUUGUUGUUUUAGAAUAGUUAAAAUGCAUUUAUAAGUUUUCCCAUUGGGAUGUUUUUAUAUGGAUAUUGAAGAUGUUUGUUACUCAUUUAUAAUAAUUUAUUAUCUUUAAUGUCUUUUUAUAUUUAAAAUGUAUUGUGCGUUGAGGCUUGGAGUAAUACAAGGCUGAUGGUACUUUUAAGAAGGAUUCAUUAUUUUAUUACAGUCUGCCUGUCAUUCUAUAUGAUACCUCAAGUCACAGUAGAGAGAGUCCUCAUAAAAGAAGUACCAGGUAUAUAUAACCCAAGUUCCAGAGACAGUAGCUGGGGACACCCUGUCAGGUAAGUUUAAGACAGCUCAUCUGUUGCCCCCUAACUGUCACAGUCAAGAAUACAAUGGACCUACUCAAGUAUAUAUCACAAUAUAACCUUCCCUCCCCCCAACACAAAUACAUCUUAAAUCUGUGUAUUUCUCUGAGUUUGACAUGUACGUUCAAAACGAAAAUCCUCUUCUCUGUCACAAAAUCUGGGAGAAGAAUCAAAGGAAUUCUUAAUAAGCCAUUUCAAUCGCUAAAAUGAAUGAUAAUACAGAAAAAUGCUUGGAUGACAGGUGAAUGCAAGGAAAUAGUAUUUAUCAACACUAGCAUGCAAUAGUUAUGCUUUUAAGACUUUUUUCAUCAAUAGACAGUCUUUUACAAAGGAGGUAAGUUUCAUUAUUCCUGUUUUACAGAUAGGGAAACUUGCUCAAAGCCACAUAGCAGGUCAGUGGCAAAAAUCAUCACUUAUUGCUGUCCCUAAUGGUCACUGUUUUAGGUGGUUUGUGUUCUUGUUCAAAGGUUUUCACUAGUUUCUUUUCUUUGGGUUCUGGAAUCACCAAACCAAAAAGUAAUCCUAUUUUCUGGGGAAAGACACCGUCAUGUCCAAUGCCUUUGCAAAUUCUUAAUGUGUCUUACUAAGAAAUUAGCCUGAUGUAUAUUGUAUCUUAAAGAGUAGUAAGGAACUGUACAGUCAUCUGAAUGUUUUUAAUGUAACUUUAAUUCAGUUUGGCUGUAAUAUCGCUAAUGAAAUUUUCUCUACUUCCUGAAAUAGAAUUUAUGUAAUCUGCAGAGUACUGUACUACAUAUUAUAUUUGCAGGGAAAGAGACUGCAUAAUCUAAUUGGUCUCUUCCAUCUAUAGUGUCUGUUUCCACAAUACUGGGCUUUUUCCCAUGAUGUUAGUACUUUUCUGCAAAUGAACAAAAAAUCAUUAUUCGCUUCAAAAUAUAAAUACAGUUAUAAUUAUUUUAUAUCAUUGUUCCACAGUGAAAGGAUUUUAAUAGUUUCCCCUACUCCCUAAUGUGACUUUAUAAUGU